AUGAAAACAAAGAGCCUGUAUGAGGGUACCGGAGGGACACUUAUUACCUUUGGGAUUAUAAGCAUUUUCUCUGGAAUUUUUGCUUUCUUUCCUGUUUUUUCUUAUAAGCCUUGGUUUGCUGGCUGGAGCGUUCGAAUCACCUGUCCCAUCUGGAAUGGAACUUUGGCUGUUAUUGCUGGUGUACUUAUUCUUUUGGCUGACAGAGGACAAACACAAAGAUCACUUUGGGAAGCUAGCUUCACCUUUGGCAUAUUGAGCAUCAUGGGCUCCCCAAUUCAAUUUGCUGUUGCAAUUGUCUCCAUCCUGCUUGGUCCAUAUUGCUACUAUUCAUUUGCUGGGAUUGCAGGGACCAACUAUCUCGGUUAUGCAGUUUUGUUCCCUUUUCCCUACAAGGAAUUUAUGUCUCUUUGCAAGGACCCAUUGCACUACGAGUGGUACCAUCUGGUUCUACAAAUACUAGACCUUUGCUCAAGUUUUGUCAUGUUUUGUGGUUCUUUGGCUAUUGUGAUCAAGCUCACUGCAAGACUGCUCCAAUUUGGACAUUUAAAUGUGAGUAUCAAUCAUUAUAGGGAAAGCGGAUUACUGCCAAUAACACAGUAGCUAUGACUACCAACUUCCCUUUACUUAGUGGCAUGUCAGACCUGCUCAAGGUUAGGCCACAUCCUGAACUCACUCACACCAGAUUUACACUUCAAUAACUCAACUGAAGAAAACAGAACUAUUCCAGAUUUACGCCCAUUCAAAUGAGAUAAAUAAGUGGCCCUGUAGAUCCUUUGUGCCCUAAUACUAUUUCACCUAAAUGGGAUAUUUCUUUAGCAUAUGCAACAAGGGCCUGUGAUAUUAGGACCUGAUUCAACACCCCCUGAAAUCAAGUGGAACCUUUUCUUUGACUUCAGUGGAGUCAAACCCUUGGAGUAGAAGCUCUUGAAUUCGCUCCUCCUUUAUGACUGUGAAAUUCUGACUGGUUACAGUGUGAGGUAUAGUUAAAAGCUAUACAGGCACAGACAUGUUACCUGAACAGCAAGGCCAGGUGUCAAAAAUAAUCAUCAUUAAAGGUGUGACAUCCCUACUUUGUGUGCAGAUUUAUCAGGCACUGUCUCUGAAAAAGCAUGGAAGGCUCAAGGCUAAUGUACAGAUAGCACUGGGAGUCAAGGCCAAAUUUCUUGGCAGUUAGGAGCUGUCAAGCUGAAUUCCCACUCUGUCACUCU